AACGCUCCCCUCGCGUCCGUUUCAGCCGCUACAGUCCCCCGCACUCCAUUCCACGCCUCCUCUGCACCGCCUGCGCGACUGCCCAGUGCGUGCCUCUGGCCGUUCAGCCCGUGUGCCUCGGUUCCUCUUCCUCUCUAUCUCUCUCUCUCUUCCUCACCCUCAACGUUCACAGGCCUCGGCCGCGCAGCCAGCAGAAAAGCGCGUGAAGGAGGUUGCUGCAGCAGGGAGGACGACGGCGGAGGAGACAGAGCUUGGGGUCGGCAUGCCAAUGGCGCGGCGGCAUGUGGCGGGGCUUGUUGCGUUCCUCUUCUUGCUGCUCGUGGGGCAUUGCCGCGGCGGCAAGACUGGCAUCUGCUACGGCCGCAACGCCGACGACCUGCCGGCGCCGGACAAGGUGGUGCAGCUGAUCCAGAAGCAGUCGAUCAAGCACGUGCGCAUCUACGACACCAACAUCGACGUCAUCAAGGCCUUCGCCAACACCGGCGUUGAGCUCAUGGUCGGCGUCCCCAACGCCGACCUCCUUGCCUUCGCGCAGUAUCAGUCCAAUGUGGACACCUGGCUCAAGAACAGCAUCCUCCCGUACUACCCGGCCACCAUGAUCACCUACAUCACCGUCGGCGCCGAGAUUACCGAGAGCCCCGUUAAUGUCUCCGCCCUUGUCGUGCCCGCCAUGCGCAAUGUGCACACCGCCCUCAAGAAGGUUGGCCUGCAUAAGAAGAUCACCAUCUCGAGCACACACUCGCUCGGGAUACUGUCCCGGUCGUUCCCGCCGUCUGCCGGGGCGUUCAAUAGCAGCUACGCGCCGUUCCUGAAGCCGAUGCUGGAGUUCCUUCUGGAGAACCAGGCGCCAUUCAUGGUGGACUUGUACCCCUAUUACGCGUACCAGAACUCGCCAAGCAACGUCUCGUUGAACUAUGCCCUCUUCUCGACGCAGUCUCAGGGCGUGAUUGAUCCCAACACCGGGCUGGUGUACACAAACAUGUUUGAUGCGCAGGUUGAUUCCAUUUUCUUUGCGCUUAUGGCGUUGAACUUCAAGACACUGAAGAUCAUGAUCACUGAGACAGGAUGGCCAAACAAAGGAGCAGCUAAGGAGACCGGAGCGACUACGGACAAUGCUCAGACUUACAAUACCAAUCUGAUACGUCAUGUUGUUAAUGACAGCGGCACACCUGCAAAGCCUGGGGAAGAAAUAGAUGUCUACAUCUUCUCCUUGUUCAAUGAGAACAGGAAGCCGGGCAUUGAGUCGGAGAGGAACUGGGGAUUGUUUUCCCCGGACCAAAGCUCCAUCUACAGCCUUGAUUGGAGUGGCCGAGGAAAUGUGGACAUAAUGACUGGAGGAAACCUUACGAAUUCUAAUGGCACUUGGUGUGUUGCCUCAACUAAUGUGUCAGAGACGGCUCUGCAGAAUGGCUUGAAUUGGGCAUGUGGUCCAGGCAAUGUUGAUUGCUCUGCUAUUCAACCGAGUCAGCCCUGCUAUCAGCCUGAUACAUUGGUUUCCCAUGCUUCAUAUGCAUUCAACAGCUAUUACCAGCAAAAUGGAGCUAAUGACGUAGCUUGUGGCUUUGGUGGUGCUGGAGUCCGAACGACAAAGGAUCCAAGUUAUGACACUUGUGUUUACAUGGCAGCUGGCAGUAAGAUGAGCACCAUGAAUUCAACCACCCCUCCGGGUCGAAGCAGCUCCGGUCCAUCCCCAUUGGCUAGAUGCUUUACCCUGCUGCUCCCUAUGCUUCUUAGCGUGAUUGCUGCAGGCAUUCUAUGAUUUCCGGAGAUUACCCUGCUGCCCCCUGUGGUUCUCAUUGUGAUUGCUACAGAAGGCAUCCUGUGAUCUCCGGAUAGUGAUCUAGUUAGUUUAUUCGGAUGGAAGGUGGAAAGGCUAAUUUGCCUAAUGCUGGGAACCAGUACUGUUUUGUUCUGUCGUGAAGUGGGUAGUACGGGCAGUAUUAUGCAGUAUGUUAUUCUCUGUGGAUGUACAUCGCUGCGCGGACACAAUAUAUUAGUUUCUGUUGAGAACUAGAAAUGUGUUUUGCACUUGUGC